AUGGAUUUCGCCUUUGCAAACAUGGCCUUCGCAGGCGAACAACCUCAACAACAUUCAUCCCACGAACCGUCCGCGAAACCCCCCAAGCCCGCGAGACGCGCCGACAACACGUCGAACACCAUGGAGCGCCAAGAGCCUCGCCGGGUGCCGUCGUCCGUGUACUCGCGCUCGGUCAACCAAGAGAGCGCGUCAACGUACUGGACUGCUGAAGCGCCGCCGUCAGCGAACCCCAUGCUCACUCAGCACCAGUCGAAGGCGCAGCCACUCUCACCACCUGUCGGCCCUAGGAUGGCCAACCCUGACGCGCGUCUGGCGCUGAGCGGCGGCGCGUUUCGCGAGGAACACGCCCAGAUUGACGAUAUGAUCCGUCACCUCACAUGCAAAGACGAGCAGGGCGACGCCUCACUUCACGACGACCACGGGACGGACCACGAAACAGGCGACGACGUCCCCUCACCCAUGCUGCCCACUCCAAAGGGUGGCAAAAAAGGUCACCGCGACAUGAGCGACCGGUCGCUGAGGUCGCUCGUCCCCACGAAAGCAACUCUCGAGCUGGUCGAGCACAUCGUCCGCAUCGCGUGGGACGGCAAUCUGCAGGACAGGCUGUGCGAAGUCGCUCUCGCAAUUCACAAGGACCUUCGGGGCUGCUUCCACAACAACCCGAUCACUCACGAAACAGCCAACCGCGCCACCCAGAUCGUGGGUGAGAUCAACUUGACUGUGAACUGCUGGCUGGGACAGAUGCGAGCCCUCCAGGAAGCCAUUAGGAAAAUCGACGUCAAGCGCGACACACCCAACUUUAUGCAACUCCACAAAGACGUCCACGGCAAGGAGAUCAAGAAGUUCAGGCUGAUGCUCUCACCUAUCCCUACACAACUGGGCGCAGAAUGCAAUGCAAAAAUCGCCGGUCUCAUGUACCGACUCUUCUAUGACGAAGUCAGAGACCCCUUCCAACACGAGAUGAACGCAAAGCCGAGCCCGUCAGCCUCGGAACAGAUCAUAAUGAGUUACUUCAUGCAGCUGGGAAAGCAACUCGUAAAGGUCCAGAUGGCAGCGGAGCACCUAAACUCGGCGACCCUCACCUGCUGGGAGCAGUGGACGGCCAUGAGCGCAGAAAUCGCCAAGCACGCCGCGCUGAUGCACUCCAAAAGCCCCGCCGCCGUGGCCCUGCGCGCAAAGGGCGCGGUGGCUCGGGUCUUCAACCACGGCAAGCGUCGCUCCGGCGGCACCAAGACGGUCCCGGCCCGCUCCAGCACCAGCCGCGGCCGCGUUGAAAUCUCGAAGCCGAUCCCACGCCCCGAGCCUCGCAGGGGCGCGGUCCGCGACACGCUUGUGGUGAUCCCGACGCACCCGCUGGAUGCGACCGGCGAGCUGGACGAAGACGAGCGGCAGCUCAUCCGCGAGAAGAUCGCGUCAGCCCCAUCGACGCCUCUUACGCCUCACUUCAACCCGCACGAGCGCAACCGCGGCUUCGGCUGUGGCACCGUCCAAGCCGGUCAGUCGUCUCCUCCCGUCGUCCAGGACGGCCUCCGCUGGUAUGAACGCUGUCGACCCGAGUAUGAGCGCAGUCGUCCUUCAUACGUCCCCUUCGAAAACGCAGAAUUCGAGGAGACGGGUUAUGGCAACCCUUUCUUGAGCGUGAGCAGCAACAACCCCAACGAGGAGACAACGGACGACGUGCCGGAAUAUUUUCACCACCGGCCGGGCGCUCCGUCCCUCAGUGACCAAAUCCCUAGCGAUUACGAUCUCUUCGCUCGUUCAAGCUCUCUUGCCCCAGAGUGCACACCCAGGAACACGUACGAGGAAGGUUACGCCAGCCACGAUGAGAACGCCUACAACGGUAAUGAUGCCAGACUCUUCGAGAACUUUUCGCAGUACGCGGCGGACCACCACGACCGCGCCGCAGCAGAGUACGGCCAGCAGGAAGAGGAGCCUCAGCACAUCCAUAACAUGAACAUCCCACCUCAUCAUCACGGUCGUCUCCGCCGCGUCGUCUCCAGCCCCGUUCCGUCCAGCGGCCGCCCGUCCAUCGAGGGCGUGUCCUCCUACGGCACGCUGACCGCCGUCCACAAGACGAACCCGUUCAAGCCCGACGCAAAUCACUACCCGGAGCGCAACGAGAUCUGGAACCGGGCCAUGACGCUGCGCCGGCUGGAGGGCGGCCCGCCCGCGGAGCCGCCCGAGAUCUUCGAACCGACGCCGGCCAUGUACGCCGUCCAGAGGGGUGUCGAACGCAAGAGAGAGCUGGAUCGCAGGCAGAAGCAGGGCCGUGUGGUGCAGGAGUUGCGACGCGAGGAGCGCAGGCUGGAGCGCGAAAUUGACGACAUCCGGAGCGCGAAAGGCAAGGAAAGAGCGGGCAUGAGGAGCCCCUACCACGGCGGUGGCUAUGGUGAUGGUGGAUCCAGCGGUGCAUAUGGUGACGGCCUUGGAAUCGGAUCUGCUGGACAUUUUGCUACUGCUGGACACAAUCGCGAGAAGAUGGCGCUGCGGGAGAGUAUGAGCGUCGGCGGGUCCUCUGGCGCCUCGAAUUACUCGGGAGUGCCGAGGAGUAGUAGCCUGAGGAGGAGCGCGAGCGUCGGCUGCCACUCCGGCGUCCCGUCCAGGAGCGGUUCGCGUCAGUCCGGCAAGUACAACAACAAUGGCGCCGUUGUCGUUGGCGCUAGCCGCCGCCGCCGCCGCAGUAGUGGUAGUAGUAGUGGCACGUACGGCCCGGCCCAGUCUCGCAGCCGCGAGCACGAUCGUUCCGAACAGCGUCAGCAGCGGCUGCUGCCGCCCAUUCAGCAGGAGUUCAGCGGCAUCUUCCGCGACUCGGAGGGCCACCUGGUCGAGGGAAACAUGCGCGAUGGAUACCGCUACGUGGAUGAGGAACACAUCAUCGAUAGCUACACACGCCUUGAGAGCGCGGGCUACUAUGAUGACGAGCAGUACGACUACAACAACGAGGGCAGCUGUCACGAAUACACGGAGUCACUCACCCCGCUAGUCCAGCGUACGGAGUCUCUCGACCCGCUGUGCCAGCCCAGGGUCCCCAAUGAGGCUGAGAACCCGGACUUGUUCGGAGACGUCGAUCACGAGAUGUACGCCACAGAUGAGGAGGAGCCCUGGCGUAGGGUUUAG